CUGGGAGUGCGGAGCCGACGUGCCUACUGGUGGGCUGAUUGCUGAGAGGCGGCCGCCGGGACCAAUGGGGAGUUCGGGGCGCCCGGAAGCCCCCGGAGUCCACGGCCAGGGAGCUGCAGGGAGCGUAGGCUGGGCUGUCGUGAUGCUGCUCUUCUGCCCAGGCUGCGGGAACGGGCUGAUUGUGGAGGAGGGUCAGCGCUGCCACCGCUUCGCCUGCAACACCUGCCCCUAUGUGCACAACAUCACCCGCAAGGUAACGAAUCGGAAGUACCCAAAGCUGAAAGAAGUGGAUGACGUGCUUGGUGGAGCAGCUGCCUGGGAGAACGUCGACUCCACCGCAGAGCCGUGUCCCAAGUGUGAGCAUCCUCGGGCCUAUUUCAUGCAGCUCCAGACCCGCUCUGCCGACGAGCCCAUGACCACCUUCUACAAGUGCUGCAAUGCUCAGUGUGGACACCGCUGGAGGGACUAGGGCCGGGUGGCCCCGCUGCCCAGCAUCUGCUCACCUCAUUCCCCAGGGCGGAUUCCCAGCUGGAAGGGAACUGCGGGUUCUGAGCAUCUUUGCCGGUGUGGCAGAAAGCCAGCCUUCUCAGAGUGGCCCGGCCGGGGGGCCAGGAGAUGGCCCCCAUCGCCCAGGCAGUGGAUGAAUUUGCUGACGUCCAGGGAGAACUUGUGUUUGGGGGCAGUGGCCACACCAAGUGCGUCUUAUUUAGGGUCCUGUUAUCCAUCUUUCCCGUUUAGUGGGCAGUGAGCUUUCUCUCGCCACCAGCUGACGCUCGUAAACAUUUAUUUAUAUGUUGGCACACCCAAGAAAAUGGGGCUUUGACUUAGAACACUAGCUGUCCUUAAGUAUUUAGCUGUUAGUUGCAAACUCGGUGGAUCAGCGUUUAUUCUGAAUAUUUACUUAAAAUUAAAAUCCGAUACCACCUUCUCAGGGUUUUAAAUGCCUUAAGGUGGAGACGCCAAAUCCCAAAACAAGAAUCCAAAACUGACUCCUGUGUGUAGGACUAGUGUGGUUAUGACAUUGUCAAUGGCGUGGAUUUUCUUUUAUUAUUUUGAUUCUCAAUUCCUGGGAUUGCGGUAAACUUAGGAGAUGGUAUUUCUUUGAUACUUGAUGCUUUGUCCAUCUCUCUCCUCUAAAGGGGAAAAGGACACCUGAGGGCCAGCAGGGGGCAGGAUCUUGGUUAUUGAUGGAUUGAAUUCUUGCUCAGGACCUCAGAUGUCAUUGCUUUUCCAGAUCUUUCUCUCUCUCCUUUGAAAUUCGUUUUAUUAAACUCUAGUUGAUUUAACAUGUUGGAUUAGUUACUGCUGUACAACAAAGUGAUUGAAUUAUAUUCUUUUUC